CGGCGGCGCGGCGCGGCAGGGCACGGCACGGCACGGCGCGGCGGCAUGGCGCUCUACAACUUCAAGAAGAUCACGGUGGUGCCCUCGGCCAAGGACUUCAUAGACUUGACAUUGUCAAAGACUCAACGAAAGACUCCAACGGUCAUUCAUAAACAUUACCAAAUCCAUCGGAUUCGACAGUUUUACAUGCGAAAAGUCAAAUACACUCAACAGAAUUACCAUGAUAGACUCACUCAGAUCUUAACAGAUUUCCCAAAAUUAGAUGAUAUUCAUCCGUUUUAUGCAGAUUUGAUGAACGUUCUCUAUGACAAAGAUCACUACAAGCUGGCUUUAGGACAGAUUAAUAUUGCCAAAAAUCUGAUUGACAAUGUUGCUAAAGAUUAUGUGAGGUUGAUGAAAUAUGGUGAUUCUCUUUACCGCUGCAAACAGCUGAAACGUGCUGCUCUGGGACGAAUGUGCACAAUUAUCAAAAGACAGAAACCAAGCUUGGAAUAUUUGGAGCAAGUGCGACAGCAUUUGUCUCGUUUGCCAACCAUCGAUCCCAAUACACGAACUCUUCUGUUGUGUGGCUACCCAAAUGUUGGAAAAUCUAGCUUUAUAAAUAAGGUUACAAGAGCAGACGUAGAAGUGCAGCCUUAUGCCUUUACCACAAAAUCACUCUUUGUGGGACACAUGGAUUAUAAAUAUCUGCGUUGGCAGGUGGUAGAUACUCCUGGUAUUUUGGAUCAUCCUUUGGAAGAGAGGAACACCAUUGAGAUGCAGGCUAUAACUGCACUUGCGCAUCUUCGUGCUGCUGUGCUUUAUGUAAUGGAUGUGUCUGAACAGUGUGGCCAUAGCCUGGAGGAGCAAGUAGAACUCUUCAGAAAUAUUAAACCGUUAUUUGCUAACAAGCCACUUAUAAUUGUUGCAAACAAAUGUGAUGUGAAGAGGAUUGCGGAACUUCCUGAAGAGAGUCAGAAAAUAUUUGAAACUUUUCAAGAAGAAGGAUUUUCUGUAAUAGAGACAAGUACUUUAACAGAAGAAGGUGUAAUCCAAGUUAAAACAGAAGCCUGUGACAGACUGUUGGCCCAUCGUGUUGAUACUAAAAUGAAGGGAAAUAAAGUGAAUGAAGUCUUAAACAGAUUACACUUGGCCAUACCAACUAAAAGAGAUAACAAGGAACGGCUGCCUUUUAUACCUGAGGGAGCAAUAGCACGUAAGAAACGAAUGGAAGUAGACGCACCCAGGAAGAAACUGGAAAGAGAUCUUGAACUUGAAAUGGGAGAUGAUUAUAUUUUGGAUCUUCAGAAAUACUGGGACUUGAUGAAUUCAUCUGAAAAAUAUGAUAAGAUACCAGAGAUAUGGGAAGGUCAUAAUAUACUUGACUAUAUUGAUCCGGAUAUCAUGAAAAAACUGGAAGAAUUAGAAAAAGAGGAAGAGCUGAGAGAAGCUGCUGGGGAAUAUGACAGUGAACCAGAAAGCGAAGAUGAAGAAAUGAUGGAAAUCCGACAUCUGGCACAACAGAUCCGAGAAAAAAAGAAACUGAAAAUCCUGCAGUCAAAGGAGAAGGAUACACGGGGUCCAAGGAUGCCUAGAACAGCUAAGAAGGUCCAGCGAAAGGUGCUAGAGAAAGAAAUGACUGAUCUUGGACUUGACAUGACUAAUAAAGAUGAUGCACAUUAUGCAAGAAGGUCCCGUAGUGUUACAAGGAAACGUAAACGUGAUGAGUCUGAAACCCCUAAAUCUGUUGCACGCAGUCGCAGCUCCUCUCGCCCACCACGUGAUAUUUCUGGUCUUCGUGAUGCUAAGAUGGUGAAGAAAGUUAAGACUAUGGCAAAGAAUGCUCAAAAGAAAAUGAAUCGCCUGGGCAGGAGAGGAGAAUCCGACAGACAUGUAUUUGAUUCUAAGCCAAAACAUCUGCUGGCUGGAAAGAGAAAAUCUGGUAAAACACAGAGAAGAUGAGCCUUCUGAAUUAAAAUACAAGUUUAUUAAAAAUCA